CAGAGAAUCAGUGAAAGCGCUCGCAGCCUACUUCACCACUAGUCGACGGUAAGCCAUUAUGGCGAUCGGAUAGGAGUUGUGUCGGUGUCCGUUAUCUUAAAAAUUCACUGUGAUGCUACACGUUUUCGCAUGGUAAAUCAACUCGGAGCUUUCAGCGGACGGGAGAACGUCGAUCUUUCACGCAACGACGACUGAACGCGAAUGACACGAUGGUGAAGCUGACCGAGGAGAUGAUUGUGGCACGCACACGAAUGUCCGACUUCUCCGCCGUAAUGAAACUCAAUUGCUGGGGAACAGAAUUGACAGAUGUCAGCAUCCUAAGGAAAAUGAAAAAUGUGGAAGUGUUGUCGUUGAGUAUAAAUAAUAUUAAUACACUUGCUGAUUUUCAAUAUUGCCACAAGCUUCAGGAUUUAUUUGUAAGAAGAAACAAUAUUAAAGAUUUGAAUGAGAUCUGCUAUCUUCAAGGAUUGCCUAAAUUACGAAAUUUGUGGCUUGGUGAGAAUCCAUGCGCGGAGAAAGAAGGAUAUCGAUUAGCAGUACUUCGAGCUUUGCCAAAUCUCGAAAAAUUAGAUGAUAAAGAAGUGUCACCUGAAGAGGUGCAAACUGCAAUGACGAUAGGACGACCUUUGGUGCAUCCUCUUGAAAUGGAUACUUCCCCACAAUCAGACGCAGAAAUACCAAUUGAAUAUAUUGAGGAAACUGAAUUGGAACAGCCUAGGAGAUACAGUUCUUGUAGCGAUCAGAGAAGUUUUGAUGAGACACAACAUUCGCAUGAAGAAUAUGACCCUGAUAGAAGAAACGCAAAUUAUAGUGCGUCAUCAUCCCAUCAUUACUCACAAAAUAAUCAGUAUGCAUAUGAGCUACAGAAUGGGCAGUCAAAGAAACAGAGCAAAGAUGACACUGUGCGUACAGAGUCACGCAGCAACAAUGAGACUGCGACCACUAACACUCUUGAAAUAUCCAAGGAUUAUGAUGACCGUCCGGUGGUAUCGCGACAUAACGGAGAUUACGAUGAAAGGCGAGGUUAUUCUGACUACGGCGGGAACGAAACGUCUCAGCGUGUUUAUACGUCAACACCACAGCACCGUACACCAUUCGCUGUCAAUGAACCCGUGGAUGAUAGACGUAACGAAAGGAACAACUACGAUUACGAUGAAAGAAUAAAGUUGGAGUAUGAGGAUUCGCAAUCUCAGGUACCACCACAAACAAGAAGAGUGGCAGUUCAUCAUAAUGUCGAAAGGCUGGAUCCCUCGUGGAAAGAAGGAUCUGUCUUUUAAGGCGAUUCAAUCAUCGACCUAUUUUCGGAGUUUGUCGAGGUUGGCGAAGUGCAUGCCUUUCAGGGCGUGUUGCAUGGAGCGGAGCAGGUGAAAAUCGGAAGGUGCAAGAUCAGGGGAAUAUACUGGGUGCGGAAGAACUUCCCCUUCCAGGUCUAUUAGUGUUUUUUUAACCGUUCUUGUCACGUGCGGUCUACCGUUGUCAUGUUAAGGGAUCAUUUUCCGCCUAUUACUGGCUAGUGGCUGCUUCGAAACGGUUGGUUUAUCAACUUCGAGGGCUACUGACAAUUUCUUGAGCGUUUGUACCGGAUUUUCAUCCAAUAAUUCUUGCAGUUCCUCGUCGUCAAAUUUUUUCAGUUUUGUCUUGAACUAUAAUAUCACCUUCUUUGAAACGUUGCGUCUAUUUUUAAUACGUUCUUUCCGAAGAAGCAGCUUCGCCAUAAGUGUCCAGAAGCAAUUGAUAAGCUUCAGCUGCACUUUUUUUCAAGUCAAAGUAAUGAAGAAGCUCAUGUCGGGAAAGCUCAUUAUCGCGUUCCAUAUUCACUUCGCUCUUUAUCUGUACACAGAAAUGACCUUUGUUGACUGGGUGUUAUUUACAAAUGACGACACGUAUAACUACUAACUACCAUUAAAACCCAUUGAAUUAAAUUACAUACUGGAAUGAGCACUGCUUUUGUUUCUGGCUGGUGACCUCGUACCGAGAGAGAAAGUAUCUAAGUAGUAUUUCCGUCUUUGUCUGUUUAUGUCCAUCUUUGUCUUAUCUUAGCCUAUGUAGACUAUAUAGCAUAUUAAUAAGACAGAGAACGAGAUACUAUUUAGACGUGGCCUUUGUCGCGCAACCUCUUUAGCCACGGCCCUCACUACGCCACUGCUCAUUCCAGUAUGUUCUUUAGUUCAAUGCUAAAACCUAAGGACAGCGGCAUGCCUCAAUUUCAAGCCUUAUCGAAAUCGAAAAAUAUUUAAUGAAAAAAUACAUUCUUAUAGUGUUUUGAAAAAUUCUCAACGUAACUAUGAGAAUAUGUAAUAAAAUCUGGGGAGUUCCAUUAGAAAAAUUCAA